AUGGCUCUCAAUCGAAAGUACGCAGCUCUGCCAGAUCUGGAUUCUGCUCCAGAUAUCUACGAAACUCCCGAACUCACAGAUGACAAUUCUACGGUUCCCACGACCGCUGCGCGAACCCACUCGGACGAUGACUUCUACGAGCCAGAGGACGAGACACCUGGUAUUUCUAGGUCCCGUCUGCGAAUAGACGAAGCUCGAUCUCGCUUUCUUCCCACGAAUGUCGAUGCAGAUGGGGUGGACUUCUCAGAUCGAGUUGACGGGAAACGCAAAUCGUACAAAGCCUCUAGCCGAAGACAGCGCAUACUACCCAACGGGACAUACGAGCUCGGUGAUCUCUCGGAUGACGACGACGAAGAAAGCUUGGAACGACGAAUUACUCGCUUGCAGCGCGAGGUAGAAGAGGCAAAGAAUGAAUACGCGAAGCGAAAGGCCGAAUCUCAGGCGCAGGAAGAUGCUGAUGCGACUGCCUGCGACGAUAGGUUGACUUCCCUUAGCCAAGUGUUGAAUGAGAUCUCGAAGCCCACAGGUCGUUUGACCUCGAUCCGCGUCCCCAAACCGAUCGCACCUUCCAGCCCUGAAGAACAACCCGAAAUGCCAGCGGGAGAGGAUGCGACUUACACGGUGACAUAUGCGCCGACAUUUGAACAAAGCCACGCUCUAGCCAAGGCUGCCGACUUUGACCGUCGGUUGUUAAUGCUGGAGAAAGGCCUGGGAAUCAACGCUUCAUUGAUGUCAGAGGCUAAUUCCAACGGUCUUCCUCGCGCCAUUCUACCCACGUUGGAUUCUAUGAACAAGCAAAUCUCAACCCUUUCGGAGGCCACUACCGCCAACCUGGACACAAUCAGUCGUCGGGUGCGAACGUUGGCCCAAGAACAGGACAAACUCAAUGACUCCAGGGAAAAGGCGAAAUCUUUGAGAGAAGAGCUUGGCCGAAACGGCUCUGCUGUUCAACCCGAAGAGUCUGAGCAGGAAGCAAAGAUCAACGCACUCUACGGCAUUCUUCCUACAAUUGAGAACCUUACCCCUAUACUUCCGCCUCUCUUGGACCGAUUGCGAUCACUUAGGGCUAUUCAUGCAGACGCUGCGACUGCCAGUGAUACAUUGAGUCACAUUGAGAAACAGCAGGUGGAGAUGGCCGCCGAACUGAAGCAGUGGAACGAAGGACUUGUCAAGAUUGAAACUGCUAUAAAGGAAGGAAACGUAUCUAUCGAGAAUAAUAAGCAGGUCAUGGAAGAAUGGGUCAAGGACCUUGAAGAGAGAAUGGAUGAGUUAUGA